ACAGGCGCCACGUUUCUUGCCUUCACGGCGAAUGGAGAAGGGAGUAAUAACCGGGAACGAGAAAGAAAUUUCCGAGGUUAAGGGACACAAGUGUUUUAAGCCGGGUUAGAUUAGAAGAGGGCGUCUGGUUUAAAUGGGCGGCAGUGUGACGCUUUUCUCCGAUUCGCGCCGGGCUGGGGCGGGGCUCGAAGACAGACAACGGCGCCGACGCCAGCGGGAGCGGCCCUGGCCGGGCCGCUCAGGCCAAGAGCGCCGCAGAGAGAACAGCAAGCGUCAGCAGUUCCCGGGGCCGCGGGCGAGUCUCCCAGAAUGCAGAAGGCGGGGGGCUCCCCGGACUUCGUUUCCCAGGAUGCCCCGGGAGGAGAGGCCCAGGGCCUCGUUCCCCGGAUGUGCGGGCCCGGCGGAUGAGUGAUGCGGGCGGAGGGUGUGGGGGUCACGCAUGCGCGGUGCGGCCGCGGUGGUGCGGGGCUCGGAGCGGAGACGCGGCUGGGCUAGGCGCUCGCCCCAAAGAUAGGGAGGCUGAGGAAGGGGGCUGGGCUUUGGCAGCAGCCCGGGCCGAGCAGGGUUGGGCCGCUGCUGCAGGGAGGGCGCGGGUCCUCCUUCCCACACUCCUGCAGGCCAUCUGUGACAGCCCCCUCCCCCCGCUCUCUCCUUUUCUGGGGUCUUGGUGCUCAGGGUAGAGAGAGGAGCCUGAAUGAUGCCCAGGGGCCGGGCCUGGACCCAACAGGAGAUCAGCUGCCUCCUGACUCUGAUCCAGGACUCUGGGGAGGUCACGCUGCUCAUGGCCUCCACCUCCAGGCCUAAUGAGGCCUUGUGGCAGUCCAUCUCCCAAGGCCUGGGGGCGUCGGGCUACGGCAGAAGUGUGGCUCAGUGCCGAUCCAAGUGGAAGGCACUGAAGCAAGCCUUCUAUUCUGAGUGGGAGACCAGCCGCCAGGCAGGGGCUCCCUCCUCCCAGCCUCCGCCUCACUACCGGACCAUGAAGAGACUCUGGAAGGCUGCAGGAAGGCCAGUUUUUGGAGAACGUCGCCUGCCAGGCUCUGAUACAAACCUUGAAACAGCACCAGCACCUUGUGCCAAGAAAGAAUCCGCCCCUCCUGAGGAGAAACAGACCAGCCCUGCCCCCUCCCAGAUUCCAGAGCCUCCAGCUUUGGUGCCGGAGAUCCCAGCCAGGCCAGAUCUGGUCCCUCAGGGAGCCAGGGAAGAGCCCACCCCUGUGUCAGGACUGCAGGGCCCCGGGGUGGUGAGCCUCCUCCAGAACAUGCAGGAGCUUCUGGUGCAGAUCUUGCGAACAUCAAGGCAGCAGCAGGCACUGCUCGAGAGCUUGGCCCAAGACACGGUCUCCCACCUGCAUCUGCUUUCUGACGGCCUGGGCCAAAUGGGCCAGACCCUGCAGGCCCUGCUGAUGCACAGCCCCAGCUGGCAGAGCCCCCGGCCCCUGCUCACGCCCACGCCUGCCCCUGCCCGACCUCACCCCCCGGCCCUGGGCCUACACGCUCCCCAUUCCCCCUCCAUGCCUGUUGCCCCUGCCAGCCCCUGCCUAAAGGAGGAGACCAUCCUGCCCCCACCCAGGUUUGCACCGUUAUGAAUCUGGACCCACUCCCCUCAAGUGGAGAGCGCAAGCCACUAAGACAACUCUCUCACCUCCUUUGUCCUGCUGGUGAAUACAGAGCCCCGGGUCCCCCUACCCCAAGUAGUCCGUUCCCAAGACUGGAGACUUUUAUGUAAAUGUCCUCAUAUUUUAGAAAAUAUUUAAUUUAAAAGAAACAUGCAUCCUUUUU